CGGGUAACAAAUAGCAUCGUCUCUUAUGACUGCGCUUUUCGCCGGUUACAAUCCUGUCUCUGUCUAAGCUCUCUCUCUUUCUACUUUCUCUCUCCACAGUACACUCGUAUAUAUCUACACAUACAUUAAAACUCAUAAAUCUGUUUUUAUAUAUAGAGAAGAGAAGCCUCGAAGCAUUUCGCUUUGUCUUUUCUGGCUUAUAAACUCUAUAGUAAUGUCGGGUGAAGCUCUCAGAGAUCUCAAUAUCCCACUUGGAUCUGAGAAGAAGAAUGAAAGCUCCAUUAAUGGGAGCUAUGAUAAGUCUCAUGCGAAGCACACUAAUGAAACUCUUGAAGAAAGGCAAAGAAACGAAUCUUCCCGUCUGGUUGAAACUCCUGUCAAUGGAUGUCAAAAACCGAACUCUGGGGUUGAAGUGGGAAACUCUGAAGUGGAAUACAUUGAAUCUGGGAAUUUGAAGGAUGUAGAAGAUGUGGAACAGGCUCUCAAGGCACUCUUAGAUGGACUAGACUCUAAGGACUGGGUUUUGGUAUGUGAGGCACUCAAUAAUGUUCGACGAUUGUCACUGUUUCACAAGGAAGCUAUGGUCGGCAUGUUGGAAAGUGUGAUCCCUCUCAUUGUGAAGUCCCUGAAGAAUCCCAGAAGCGCUGUUUGUAAAACUGCAAUUAUGACCUCUGCAGACAUUUUCAAUGCAUAUAGUGAUGACAUAAUCGAUUCACUGGACCUGAUGCUCCUACAACUUCUACUCAAGUCUUCACAAGACAAAAGAUUUGUGUGUGAGGCAGCUGAGAGAGCUUUAAUAGCUAUGACUACUUGGGCUUCCCCCAUUUUGUUGUUACCGAAGUUGCAACCUUAUCUUAAGAACAGAAAUCCUCGAAUUCGAGCAAAGGCUUCAAUGUGCUUCUGUAGGAGUGUACCACGACUGGGAGUGGACGGAAUCAAAGCAUAUGGGAUUGACAUGUUGAUCCAAAUAGCGGCAACCCAGCUUAGUGACCGGCUUCCUGAGUCCAGGGAGGCUGCUCGUAUUCUCCUGUUGGAGCUGCAGGCUGUAUAUGAGAAAUCAAAUGUCUUCACACCAACUUCAGUACCUGAGGACCCAGAGAGGAGUACUUGGGAGCACUUUUGCCAAUCAAAGCUCUCACCUUUAAAUGCUCAGGCUGUCCUUCGUGUGACAAGCAUUGCUCGGGAGAGUCUUGUUUUGGGUUCCUAGCAUAAAUAUACGCAAACAUAUAUGGAGUUUUAGUGAGUAAUAUUUUCUUUUUCCUGUUCCUCUAUUUUGGUUUGGUUUCUAUCUUCUACUUGUAAAUACAGUAAACCAUUGAGAUGUUUGGAAAGCAGUUGAAGCAUGUAAUUGUGCUAGAAUCCUAUAACAAUUUCUAUAUGGUCUACAGAUUAUAGCUACUUGUAAAUCACUUUGUGAUGGAUGCAUGAUGGUAAUAUACGCCUGUAAACAUAAUCCAAUCAGAAGUCUGAUCCAGAGCUUGAUUUCCCAGUUGAGAUAAUUUUUUCGCAUGUACUUGCCGUCCUCUUCGAACCUUGAAAUACUUAAUGUGGUUCAUCUGUUGCAUCCAUUGGGAAGAUAUAUUACAGGUUAUGCUGCUAUUAAUUUGUGGAACAAG